AUGGUCGACUCUAUUACCCAUCUUGCCAGUCGGUUAGCUCUUACGGCGGAUGAAGAGGAUACUGUGGUAGUGGAUGAGUUGCUAACCACGUCCUUUGUAGAGAGGGCUGGAUUAGGUUUAGUGGGUAAGGUGCUGACCACUCGACCUUUCAAUGUGGAGGCCAUGAAGUCUACGCUCAUGACGGUUUGGCGUCCAGCGAAAGGUAUGGAUUUUCACGUCAUUGGGAUGAAUCUAUUCCUUUUUCAAUUUCACCACCUCGCGGACAAACGUCGGGUGCUACUUAAUGGCCCCUGGAGUUUUGACAAACACCUUAUUCUCUUGAAUGAGGUGGAUGUGCAUCUCCAACCCUCCAAGGUUCUACUCUCUGAGGCUACCUUUUGGAUCCAGGUUCAUAAUCUGCCUCUUAUCAGUAUGACUAAGGAGGUGGGUUACUUGAUUGGGAAUAAGAUUGGCUCUAUAGUGGAUGUUGAAUAUGGGCCUGGUGGAAUGGCAGUUGGCCGGUAUUUGCGCAUCAGAGUCACAAUUAAUGUGGCUAAGCCUUUGCACCGGGGUAUGAAGCUUGCAGUUCAUAACCGGGAGUCCGUUUGGGUGGAUUUUAAAUAUGAAAGACUACCUAACUUUUGUUAUUGUUGUGGUGUUUUGGGGCAUAGCGAGAAGGAGUGCAAUACUUUGCUGUCACAACUAGAGACUGGAACUGGUAAAGCAGUACAAUAUGGACCAUGGUUGCGUGCAGAUGUUCAAAAGCCUCGACCUCGCCCUACGUCUCCUGUUGCGAGCCCCAGUCAGAGCAGGGGUAAGGUUGGUGCUACUGGGUUGUCGGGGCCGAAGCCGGCACUCCGCCGAGAGGAGGAUCCAGGUGUGGUUGUGUCUUCGCCUACUUUGGAAGGAGCCUCUCUAUUUGGAAAGGAUGAUCAAUCGGCGUCAAAACAGGAGAAGAUUUUGGCCUUGACAGGGGAAGGUGGGGAUUUCUUGCCUUCUCAGCAGGAGACUGAGCGGGACAGGUUGCUGCAUGUUGAAUUUUUGAACUCUGGGCCUACUGACUGUGGGCUAGUGGGGAGAAAAGUGGAUUCUUUUUCCCAGAAGCCCAUUUAG